GGAGAAAAAAAAAAAAAAAAACGCACGAAGCGGACAUCGAACCAUGGACGGCAUGGCGUCGCUUCCGCCAGCGUCAGCGCUGGAAGCCAUGCGCCGGGACUGCGCGGCGGCGGAGCUGGUGGCGGAGAAGCGGCGCCAGGAAUUGGAGAAGGCCAAGCACUCGGAGGACCAAAAGCUUCGAGAGCUCCACGUAGAGCAAACUCAGAAGGCUCAUGAGGAUCGAGCUGCCAGCAAGCGCGUGCUGGAUGAAAUGAAGCAGGUGCGGCGCAAGGUGCACAGCCAGCUCCGUGCUGCCGAGGCCAAAGCCUUUCAUAGCAUCGAUGCCAGUCACAAUGCCUUAGCGCGGGCUGGGCAGCGCGCUCUUACCGCGCGGCAGCACACGGAUCAGUGGGAGGCACACGCAGACAUCACCGAGCGGCAGACGGAGCAAAGUAUCCAGAAGGACAAGGAGUGCUUGGAUAGCAUCCGUGAGGUUGCUGCUCGCAGGGUUGCGGUGAUGGAGGACAUCGCCACGGAGCGUGUGCAGAAGAGCCACAAGUUGCUCCAAGACUCGAAGCAGCAGGAGCUUGGUUUGACAAAGCAGCAGCAGAAGCAGCUGGAGACCAGAGCUCAUCAAGCAGCCCGUACGGGUCAGAUUCAGGUGAACAACGUUACCAGAGCUGGAGACCAAGCCAAAGCUCAAAUGAAGAUGGCAGAGGCGAAAGCUGCCGAAGAGAAGAUGAGGAUGACUCGCGACAUCGAGCGCAGCAUUCAGGCCGGGGCUUCGCGGAUCGCUGCGGCAGAGCGGGAGCUCAAGGUGCAAGAGCACGAGAUCACGGCAGCCCUUUCCAGAGAACAGGUUUGCGCCUCUCAGAUCAAAAGAGUGGCGCAAGAGCUGAAAGACAACAGUCAGGAAGAGUUCCGAGAGCGCAAGAAGGAACUUGAGGCAAUGCUCGAGCGGGCGGCGGAGUAUGAGCACAGCAAGAAGAAGCCGCACCAAGACGCACAAGUUUCGAUGCAGGAGAAGACAGAGGUCGUCACCCAGCGGGGCCACCAGGCGGCGCUGGCCGCGCGCCAGCGAGCAGGCUUAGAAGUGGAAGACAUCCAGAGGCGACUGGUCGAAGCAAAGGAGCAGCUGGCAAAGCUCGAGGUGAAGUGCGCGGCAUGCCUCAAAGAGCUGAACGGCCGCUGGGAGGACGCCAAAGUUGUCUACGCGGCAAAGGUGGAAGAGGUGGAGCGGCAAACACAGGAUUUGCUGGAGAAGCUAGAAGCGCACAAGGCGCUGCAUGAGGAUUAUUGCGCUCAGAGCUUGCGGCAGGUUGAGGAGCUGCAGCAGGAGCGGCAGGCGGCGGCGCGGAACCAGGGGGCGCUGAGCCAGGAGCUGGUGAAGCACCGAGCCACCUUUUGUCAGCAGAAGUCCGCCCAGACACGGCGGCAGGCAGAAGCUCGCUUGGAAGAGACAAAGCGGCAUGUGGAGGACAUGAGACGACGAAGUCAGGAGCGAGCGGAGAUGGGAAAAGACAUUGCCCAAGAGAAGGUGCGGAUCGCGCAGCAGCGGUUCACGGAGCAAGUGGAGGUUGCGGAGCGGCGGGCAAAUGAGGCGAUGGAUGCUCGUGACAAAGCAAAGGCGGCCUUCCUGGAGGCCUUGGCGCGCUGCAGCGGAGCGGCUGACGAGGCGCAACGGCGGGGACUCCACGAGACCGCUCAGUUGCUGAUGCCGAAGGACGCUUGGUGCGGCUUUUCAACCCCACGGCCCAAGACCGAGGAGUCCACGCGACCCGAGACGGCGAGCGGGGUGGAGGUGUGGACCUUGGGAAAGGAGAUGAAGGAGACCAGUUCCACGGUCUUCCCGGACCGUGGAGGCACUCCGCUGGAGGCAAAUCUGAAGGAGGAGCUCAGCAUGACAGACGACACCUUCCACUAAAUGGAAGCACCUGGAAUGCCAAACCAACUGUCCCGCACGCUGCCUUGGAC